AUGCCGACUGAACAGUAUGGAACUAGCAGCAACAACACUGUUGCAGCAAAAAGGGGUCAACAACAAACUCCAUCUCCAUCCACUUGUCGAUCGGCCAGCAGCAGUCCAGCCAUGAUGCUACAGCGAGGACGACAGAGUCCACGAAUCGCACCUCCUACGACGGAGUUUCAGCAGCAACAUCAGAAGGGUUACUUUGGAAGACAGCAUCACUCAAUGAGACCUAGUGCUUGGACUAUCCCCUUGGAAGAAGAAGAAAAGCACCAAGGGAUCCUGAGCUCUGGUUCUGAUUUGGCCUUUUCAGAUGACGGCAGUAAUAGUGACGAUUCGCUGCCAUUGGUAGGAGAGGAAAAGUACAAUGAUUAUGAGCUACCCUUUGUGACUCCGGACCGAUUAACUCCUUGCAAAUCCAAUGUCAACAAAGGCAAGACGAAUGGCUCUACUACUAGUAACACCAAUGGCAGUGCUACCCAAUCCAAACCACCACUCAAGCUACCAGGAUUAUUUCCUCCUAUUCGAAGAGCCCUACACAAUUCACAUCGCAAAAAGAGACUCCACUACAUCACUCCCAAAGACAGAAGAAACAAUAUUUUAGAAACAUCCCACGAAACAGACGAAAUCUAUUCUCACCCACAAUAUCAUCAACAACAACCAUCUUCCGCCCGUGGGAAUGGUCUCGUGCUGGACUUGACGUCUCUCUUCACAGCCGACCCUACCACACACAAGCCAGGACCUCAAUCUCCUUCCGAAACCGCCACCACUGCUGCAUCUACCAAUAACAACAUCAAUAACCAGAACAUUCAUCGUACCAAGUCUCCCCUUCCAAUCAAUCCAUACAAUGCUCCCACUCCUCCUCCUUGGAGACAAAAACAACGAGCAACUCCUCAGUCUCCGGUUACAGUACUAUCCCAAGAAGCUACAGCCACCACGGAUCCAUUCAAUAAUACGGCAAUACACCACACCAAAUCCAAUGUUACUGCCCGAGAAGAUCUCCAAUGGGAUACCAAGUCACAAACUACGCAAGAAGCCCUCAGCACAGAACGACAGUCACAAGCACUGACGCAAUGGCUCAACUUUGUGCUGGUUGGAGAUCAGCAACUAUUGCAAGAACAGCAGCAACAACAGCAGCAAGAUCGGUCCAACCGACGCAAAACGCCUCGAAAACGAGAUACAGCCACGCCGACUACCGACACAAAGUCCGUGGAUGCAAGUCGUGCCGCAUUUAGCACUCCCACCGGGGCUACUUCACCGACCGGGGCUGCCAGUAUCUACAGCCGGGGGACAACACCAACCAUGGGUACCCGAUGCAUGACUCCAUCGGCACAAUCCGUAGCGGCGCACAGUGUCAGUAGUGCCCGAACGACUCCUACCAAGAAUCUUGUGACUAAACGACGUCAAAAUCGGCGAUUUUCCAUGUUCCAAUAUGCACAGUCGUUUGAUCAUGCUCAAGAACAGGCACAUCAUUGGUUCCAUCAUUCGCCGCAGUGGAGAGAAAUUCGGACACGAAUACGAUGCGAGGUCGCCAGUGGCAAAAUGAUGUUGCGAGACGAUCGGGAUUUGUAUGCCAACAUUGGAUGUCGAGAACAGAUACUCGACAUGUUUUUGUCGUACCGACCGGCAUGGCUCACCAUGGCCUUGGAAGUCGUCAUGAAUGCAUCCGUCACGCAAGGACGACCGGGAAAUCAAUUGGGGCAGCCAUUGCCAACGGUAAAGCAAUUGAAACACUUUAUUGUCGUAAGGGUGCUCUCGGACAGCAAGCUAUUGUCCAAGUAUACGCAAGGACGUGGGAGUGGAACCCCUUCCGGGAAAUUUGAAAAGGAGUAUCAUGAUGAACUGAGACCGCUCGUCUUGUACCGCGUCUUGGUGUUGAUUUUCUUUCUUGACCGAGCGGCUGUCAAGUUUCAACCGCAUCAUCAAAAUGGCAAUUCCAAUCACAGCAACAACUACAACAAUCUGGGAAAUUUGUUUCAUUCCAAAUCAAAGGUCCAGUUAAAGUCGACACACCAAGUACUGGUCAUGUUUUGUCGAGAGUUCCUGUCGCGCGCUGGAGAUGUCAUUAAGCAACUGGGACGCGUCAAUUUGCAUGUUUACUACAAACAAGAUCGGCUCGAUGAAAUCGAUUAUCCCAUUGGCAAUUUUGCUAUUGAUUUGAGAGACGGGGUCCGACUCUGUCGUGUCUUGGAAACGCUAUGGAUUCUGCCCAAACAGGAUCAAACCUACUAUGCCAAUGCCAACCUGACGAACGGGGGCAAAAACGGUGUUGACGUUAGUGCCAAGUAUCCCCUGUUGUCACAACUGCGAAUUCCUGCCAUUUCCCGAUUGCAAAAGAUUCACAAUGUCAACGUGGCACUGGCUGCGUUGCAAGAGGAUUGUCAAAUCACUGUACCGACGGAGUUACAAGCACAUCAUAUUGUGGAUGGUCAGCGGCGGAUGGUGUUGCGAGUGGUGUGGACGAUUGUACUUAUGCAUUGCUUUGAAAACGACAACGAAAUCUUGACGCUGGAGAAAUUGGAAGCAGAGAUUGCGCAGGUUAAAGCAAUGAGGAAGCAUCAAGAUGCCAUCCGGGAGAGACGACAACGACAGCAACCAUUGAAAGAACAUCAAUGUCCUUCGUUAUCAUUGCUGAAGCAGGAGACGGAUGCUGUGGAAAGUGUGGCUUUGAUGAGCGUCGAUGAAACAGUAUUGCUACAAAAUCGAACACCAAAGCACCCAACAACCUCCCGGGCAAUGCCGCUGCUUUCCCAGUCCAUGUCGAGGUCGUCUUCUUUCGAUGCGGAUCAGAGUUUUUCAAGCAUCGGUCAACCAGAAGACAUGCCCGCGGUUCAACAGUGGAAGAUGUUGCUCUUCCAAUGGUGUCAAGAAGUCUGUAUGCUUGUGGAAGAGCAGGAAAAGGAAGAUUACACCCGAACGGGUCAAAAGACACCCAUGAAGAAGAUCGACAUGGGGCAAUGGACUGCUGCUGAUCUCACCAACGGAAGAGCACUCUGCUGUUUGAUUCAUCAUUACCACCCAACACUACUCACUCUGGAGGACCUACGACAGUCUAGCACCUUUGCUGACGGACCGCCCGCAAAAAUCCAGACAACACAAAGCCGUUUUCGUUUCUCCCGGCAGCAGCGGAAAUCACCCAAAGCAUCUCCUGAUUACUUCAUGAGGUUGGCGCAAAAACGGUUGGCUGAAAUCGGGGGGAUCCCACCGAUGAUGCUCAUCCCCCAUGGUCGAUCAGACGGCAAGAGCCAUCGCAAAAAGCAUCCAUCCUUGCUUCCUUUGGCGGACGAAAAGUCGAUUUUGGUGUUCCUGUAUCACGUUUGCGCGAGGCUAAUGGAGUCGCGUCAUCAGGUCUUGGCGGUGGUGUUCGUGCAACAGCGCUAUAGGUAUCAUCAACUGUUGAAUCUACUGAGGAGAAAGCAGAGCGCCGCAAAGAGAAUAUGGGAAGCCUGGUGUGAAAACAAGGAGACAUAUUAUCGAGCGCGGGCCCGGAAAUACCGACGAUCGGUCCAAAUAAUUGAAGCUUUCAUGGCACAAAACUUUGACAAGUUGCUACUGUUGCAGGAAAACCGUUUGGAACGCGAGCUGCAAAAUCUGGCUGUCACGCCUAUCCAGGCUCAGGUGAGGCGAGUUCUUGCCACUAAAAACUACAAUAUGCUUCUAGAACAGCAUGUGGCAGCAAUCAUCAUACAGGCCAAAUACAGGCAGUUUCAAGAUUACAUGUCGUACCAACUGAUGUUGUUAGAAAACAUUCCGGCUGUUACGACAAUUCAACGUCAUUGGAGGGGGGUUGUUCAGCGCCGACGGUACGCAGAUGUCAUUGAUGCUAUCAUCUUGAUUCAAUCGGUUGUAAGAGGAGCAGUCUUGGUGAGGAGAGUUCGGAUGGGCCCUUGGCGAGACUCUGCUAUAUGCAUUCAACGUAUCUGGAGAGGUUUCUGUCAACAGCUGAAGUACCAAAUGGAGAUGUUGGACAUCAUUUCAGUGCAAUGCACUGUUCGAAAACACCUGGCAAUAACACAGGCGAAAAAGAGUUACCAUGCUUUAUCGGUCGUGCAACGGAUUUCAAGAGGAUUCUUGGCACGACUUGACUGCGAGGGGUUACGUCAAGCGCUUGGCGCCGCAGUCAUUAUUCAGAAAAUGUGCCGCCAGUUCCUUGCGAAACUAGAAUUUGAGAGACUUGUUCGAUGCAGGGUAGCACUUGUUCUGCAAAGAUCAUGGCGGAGGUGGAUCUUUCUUCGUGAUAGAAUCGACGGUUCGAUGAGGAUUCAAACUCGUUACCGUGCAUGGCUUGAAUGCCGAAAGUACUCUUCCACGCGAUUCGUCGCCUUGAGGGUUCAGUCGGCCUGGAGGCAACGCGCCAAACGAAAGGCCUACCUCGUGCUCCGGGCAGGUGUCAUCUUGAUCCAAAGCACAUUCCGUCGAUGGUACCAUGGAGUUGUGAAGGUGGCCGAACGAAAGAGAGCAUUGUCGACUCUACAGAAGAAUGCUCGACGAUUUCUUGCGCAGUGUCUGCUAGGGGCAAUGAAGAAGGUGGCUCAACGAAAGAGAGCAUUGUUGACUCUACAGAAGAAUGCUCGACGAUUUCUUGCGCAGUGUCUGCUAGGGGCAAUGAAGAAGGAGGCUCAACGAAAGAUAGCAUUGUCGACUCUCCAGAAGAAUGCUCGGCGAUUUCUUGCGCAGUGUCUGCUCGUGGCAAUGAAGAAGUACCGAGACCAGCUGUUAGCAAGUGCCAUAUUCUGCCAGGCUCUCGCUCGCCGAAAUUCUUGUGCAAGAAUUUGGACGAGAACGAGGAAAGCUAUUGUUUGCAUCCAGAGCAGAUGGCGGGGUUACAGCUGCUUCCGAGUCUCUCGUCGACGCAACCAACUGUUGGGAGCGCUAGCGAGCUGCGCACUCCUUUACCGUCGCGAGCAAAAGGGAUCGUUUAAGAUUGUUCCACACACGAGACAUGUGAUCCAGCUAAGCAAGCAGACUCAAAUUCGGUGCGGGCAAAAACGAAUUGUACUGACGAACGCUUCUACUUGGGCGCCUCCGUGGCGAGGACAUCGGCAAGAACUUUUCCGGCACAGAAAUCAUGUUAAGGCUGUGCGUGCUAAAUUUGAAGCCGGGAUCCAACUCACCGAACUUCCAAGGCGAAGGAUCGGACCGAGGACACUUCGAUUGGUCAACGAAGCCGCUGCUCGUUUGCAAGCACCUUGGGUGUACUAUACCGAGAGCGGAGCCGUCUCUAUGAGAAACAUGCGCCAAGAUCUUUUGACGAAAAAAGAAAGCCACCAUCAAUCUCGUCGCUUGUCUCGCGCAAAGCGAGGGUUAUCGCGAUCUGUCCAGUCACUGCUGAGACCCGGGACCAGUGUUCAAGGCGAACGUGUGGACCCAUCCGUUCUUUGCACCGUGAGACGACUUCACUCUGCGAGAUCGGGAGGUUCAAGCCCGAGAGUCAUUCAACGAAGGCGGGAAGAUGUGAACGUUGCCCGUCUUCUGAACCUUGUUCGUCGACAUUACGUAGUGUCAUCGGCGCAAAGAGGUGGUGGCACGAGCAUUGAAUUGCACAAUUUGUUCGAUCCAUUUCGAGAAAAGGCUCUAUUGACCGUUGCAGCCACUUCAGUCCAACACGCUUGGCGAAGGCUUCGUGCUAGGCGUCAGUUACAACGUUCCAUCCGCAGUAUUAUUGUUAUCCAGAGUGCCGCCAGACGAAGAACUGUCGUGAGAAGGACAAGGCAGAUGCGUGCAGCAAUUGUUACGAUCCAAGCGGCGAGAAAGGGUUUUCUCGCUCGUCGCCAUUUGACGGGUAUGGACGAAAAAGCCAAAACCAUCCAAAAGCUUUGGCGGAGCCAUAUUGCUCUGUCCAGAUUCAAGACUAUCAUUCGCAGAAUCAAGAUGCUGCAAAGCCUGAGCAGGCGCAGAGUUGCCAAACAGGAGGUGGCCAAGAGGCGAUUAGCCAUUGUCUGUAUUCAGAAGGCUGUGAGGUGCGGGUUAGCUCGCAGCACUGUGCAAGUUUUGAGGGGUGUUAAGAACAGGGCGACAAGAGCAGCCAAUCGCGCGGCUUCUUUGACGCAAUCAACCACGAGGGGAUUCUUGGUGCGGAGAGAGAUUUCAUUGCGUCGAGCAUCUACUGUCGCCGUUCAAAAGGUUGUCAGAACAUUCUUGGCAAGGCUAGCGUAUCAUGCCGCCCGCGGCAACAUUGUUAAAAUUCAAAAGAAUGCCCGAGCCUUUGUUGCAAAGAGGGCGUUGCAGUUGGCCAUCAAUCGCAUCACAACAGUGCAAACAGUGGCGCGAAGGUGGAUCGCACUCAGGAGAGUUCAGACAAUCAAGAUAGCAGCCCACGCAGAUGCAGCAAUGCGAAGUGAAUGUGCACUUAUGAUUCAAAAGACUUUCAGAGGCUUUUCGGACCGUUCCGAUUUCAUGUUCGCCUUGCAUUGUCUGGUGAAGAUCCAGUCGUGGUGGCGUUCUCUGCAGCAGCGAAGGUGCUAUGAGGGCAUCGUCGGUGGGACAACCGCCCUCCAGUCAUUGGCUCGGGCAGUUGUGACCACACAACGUUUUGUCCGUGGCUUUUUGGCGAGACAGCAGAUCAGUCUGGAGCACUUUGCUGCCACGGCAAUCCAAAGAACAUGGCGAUGCUAUGCCGACUCGACUGGCUACAUCUUCGUCGUUGUUUCGGCCAUCAAAAUGCAAUCAAUCUUUCGAAUGGCGCUGGCAAAGAAGCAACGAAAAGAGCUUUUGAGUCAGAUUUUUCGUAUUCACGAAUCUGCGAUUGCGAUUCAGAGCGGGUGGCGUAUGCUAGCUGCCAAGGUCCUUUCCGCCAAAUUGGCGAAGGCCACGGAAGCAAAGCAACAGGUCGCCGCAUUGACCAUCCAGUGUUUCAUUCGGAUGCGUCUUGCAAGCAGCGAGUUCUCUCAACAAUCAUCGUCCGUGUCGGUUCCACCUACCGAUGCCGUCUUUCAUCGCCGCCUAUCCUUGUCUCAAGGAGUGGUUCGCGGUUGGCUGGCUAGAAGGAAUUCCAACGCCCAAGUCCGAAAGUCUAUAACACUCAUCAAGGAAGCUGAACUGCGGUCGAGACUGCAGCCUAGCAUGCGGUUAGGAGCCCGGAUGGACCGCGCCCUAAGUGUCCUGAAGACUUCCUGCAGUCUCACGGAAAUAAUGAACAUUGUUUGCACCAUUGAGUUGGCUACUCGAUUCAGUAAAGAAUGUUGCGCCGAGUUCUGCGCUGCUGAAGCCACAGAGACGUUGGUGGCUUUGCUGUUCUCUUGCAACAAGAGUUUGCCGCACGUGGAACUCCUCUACUACAUCAUGUGCACACUGCUCAAUGUGUGCAAGCACAAGUCUCUCACUCAGCAUGUUGCCACAGUGGAAACAGCCGAAGCCUUUUUGUAUCUGAUUCGUAUGUAUGGAUCAGAAGAUGCCGUUUUUUGCAGCGCCGUGGCACUGUUGGAUGUUUGUAUGCGUUCGAAUAACAAUGUCCGUGCUCUUGUGGCAGCACCACCCUGCAAGAAACGAAUGGAGGGGAUUUACAAACAGAGGGUACGAAAGCUUCGUAAUCGGGUGGCCCCCUGUCAAAAUACCACGACGCCGCAGUUUUUGGUUAAGCAAAACAAAGCCAAGACGGACAUGCUCAUAUUGGGAAUCUCGUAUGACUUGGAAAGGGGCGUUUCUGUCUUGGAGCAGGUUCUCCUUCGAACAUUGUGA